AUGUUGUCCACCAUUGAAUACUGCGCUUCUGUGACACCUGAACCGUAUGAACCUGCCCCAACGCCCAAAGGUAUUUGGCCUGAAGACCUAGAGGCUUUUUAUGAUGAGCAGGAUGUUGCGGAGAAGGCUAGGGAGGAUGCCGUGGAGGCCCAUGAGGCCUGGAAGGCACAGAAGCAAAAGGAGGAAAAGAGGUGGGCUCUGGAGUUAGAACAGAGAGGAAAGUUGUGGAGGCCAAAGCAAGGAAGGAGAGGGAGGAGCAGGAGGCCUAUGGAGAAGAAAUGGCAAGAGGAGACAGAGGCUAAGGCAAAGGCAGAGGCGGCCACCAUGGAGCAGCAGAGGUUGGAAGAGGAGGCCAGGGCCUUGGAGGAAAGAAAGGCCGCAGAGAAGAAGAAGUUAGAAGGUGAGGCCAAGGCCAAGGCUUUGGUGGAAGCUAGGAAGGCCAUGGAGGCAGAGAAGGAGAAGGAGAAGAGGCUACGGACAUUUCGAGGAAGCUGUAAGAUCAAGUCUAGUGCAGUGGUGGUCAGUGGGGAAGAGGAGGUCAUGGGGCCAUCGGGAAGGCCUUUGAAGAAAUUGAAGACUGAGCCUGAGAUGCAGGUGGAUGAUGAAGAAUAUAAGGGUAAUGAGCAUUGUGGUCGUUGUAAGGCAGACGACGUGAAGUGUUUUAUCCGCUGCAGGCGCACUUGCGAGCAAUCCAGGGUGAAGGGUCAGGAUCCACUGGGAUCCUAUGAGGUUGUGUACUUGUUGCAACAACUUUGUGACAAGAUGGACAACUUCCAGGAAGGUUUGGAAAGGGUAGAGGGGAAGGUUGACUUCCUCGGAAGCUGGGUUGAUAACCUUGUGGACGACUUCCAUGAGGGCGACACACUGGAAUGGCCCUCAGGUUUCGUUGAUGAGGAGUUUAGGGAGGAAUGGGCAGUGUCCAAGGCUGAGCUUGGGAACCUCAAGAACAUGUGGAAUGCCCACAUGAUGGGUACCAAAUCCCUCAACACUGUGGAUCCCUUCAAGGUCACCAACAUGCAAGUUUGGUAUGGCUGUCUCGGGAAAGACGGUCUUCAAUUGGCCAUCAAACAGUCGCGAUCCAUUUCUUGGACACAAGGGACAAGUUCUAUGCACUCGGAGGCUGUCAGAUUGAGUGGGCGUUGUGGAAGAGAUUUUGCGAUUUUACAUCCGUUUAUGCAAUCUACAAGCAGUACAGAGAGCUACAGUGGAGGCUUCGUGCUGGUAGCUAAAUACUACAUAAAGAAUGAAGGCACGGCAGUACAGAACAGACUUAGAAACAAUGUCUCGAAGAGUCAAUUCUACCAGCCAUCAACACGCCAAGCUAAGCCCCUACCUAAACAAGACUAUUACAGUCAAAUCUCGGGGACUCGUCUGUAUGAGUAUAAAAACCAAGAAGUUGAAGAAUGGAAUGAACUAGAUGCCUUUCGAUCACGAUCAGUGGAUUACAUCCUCGAGAUCCUGCGCAGUACCACAGUAUUCCAUACAUACGGCAUGCGGCAAGCCUUGCAGACAGAAGAAGGAGCACCCAUGGACUAG